GCGAUCAGGUGGUCUCCGCUCAGCCAAUCGCAGGCUUUGAUGUUGCGCUGUGGAUGGCCGGGUGGCGUUCAGCAGGAAGCGUCGGUGCUUCGGUUCACGGUGUUUUCAUCGCGUCGUUAACGGCACCGGAGACUGAAAAUCUGCGCGCACGCGAACCCUGAAGAGGUGCGGAACCGUCACCACCGCGCGAGGCUGACGGAGGAGUGGCCGACCGGACAGCCCACGGGACCAGUUAGCCGCUAGCCGGCGCUCGAUGUCCGUCAGAGAGCUGCUUCUUCUAUGGGCGAGUGAGCGGCAGCAGCCAUGAACGCAGAGCCGGACGCGCUGGCCGUGGUCAACCAGCUGAGGGACCUGGCCGCCGACCCCAUGAACCGCAGGGCCAUCGUCCAGGACCAGGGCUGCCUGCCCGGACUCAUCCUGUUCCUGGAUCACCCCAACCCUCAGGUGGUCUACUCCGCCCUGCUGGCGAUCCGUUACCUGGCAGAAUGUCGAGCCAACCGGGAGAAGCUGAGGGCGGAGCUGGGGAUGAUGCUGAGCCUCCAGAACGUCAUGCAGAAGUCGACCACGCCCGGAGAGACGAAGCUGCUGGCGUCUGAGAUCUACGAGCUCCUGCAGGCGUCCGGCAGCGCCGACUCCGAACCGGCCGAGGAGCCCGUCAGCAGCCGCCGUAAAGCCCAGUUCUUCCUGGGCUCGAGCAACAAGAGAGCCAAGACCGUCGUCCUCCACAUCGACGGCCUGGACGACUCGAGUCGGAGGAGUAUGUGUGAGGAGGCGCUGCUGAAGAUCAAAGGAGUGAUCAGCUUCACCUUCCAGAUGGCCGUGAAGAGGUGCAUCGUCCGCAUCCGCUCGGACCUGAAGGCCGAGGCUCUGGCGUCUGCGAUCGCCGCCACCGAGGUGAUGAAGGCGCUGCAGGUGGUGAAAGGAGAAAACGGAGACGAGGUCCUGAUCCCGUUCCCGGAGGACGGCUCUGUGGAGGUGGAGCAGAACGUGGACCUGCCGGACUAUCUGCCGGAGGAGGAGAGCCCAUCUCAGGAGCCCGACAAGGCGGUGAGCCGAGUGGGAUCGGGGCAGGAUGGAACCAGCUGGCUCGGAGCCGCCGCCAACUUCCUGUCACGCUCCUUCUACUGGUGACCCGGUGGAAGGGCCGGCGCGGCCCCGCCUCCCACCGUCGGACCUCCCUCCUCAUCUCAGAACCGAAACUCACAGCUGCCAAAUCAGGAUGUUCAGCUGGAGAGACGACGCCGAGUGUGAAAUGUUGCCGUGGAAACUGUUUCCUCCUGGGGUCCCACGCUCAGUCUGACCUGCACGUGGCGACGUCCUCUCUGUGAACCAGUCCUUGUGUUACAAACCAAAAUGUCUUAACUGACAAGAAGUGAACAAACACCGAGUCAGAACAAACGAGACUCCGCCUCCUUUAAACUGUUUAUUAUUUAUUCGACUGUUUGACGUGUUGGAAGGACGAGCGGCGUCGGCCGCGCCUUUCAGUUUCUCUGAUCACAAACUUCCUGCUGCUUCCGUUCACGCCUCAGAGAAACUUCGACAAACACGAGCGAGAGAAGAAGAGCUGGUUAAACGCCGCGCUGGGCCGAUAUCAGAGGGUAAAAGCUCAGUUCCGGUUUUAGGCGGAUGGUUUCUGCUGAGCGGAGCGUUUCCUGUAAUGUCUGAGUGCGGCCUCCUGACGUGAGCCGCGUGUCGGGGGUCAGAGGUGAACGGUUAGACUGUUUCGCUCAUGUGUGGCAGUUUCAUGUGUUACUGUGAGGAAGGACAUAACCUCCUGUGCUCCCACAGCUCAGUCUGUUUACUCACAGCAGCUUAGAUUAGUCAGGUCUUAACUUUGUGCCGCGUGUUGGGGGCACGGAGCAGGUUAUGGCCUCUGUCUUCGUUAGUGUGAGGAGCAGCCGGCCGGUUUGACGCUCUGCUGCAGAGGCGUUUACUGACCUGCAGGGUUAGAAGCACAGUUUGGAGCUUUGGGUGUUUGCACAGGUAAAAAAUGAAACUGCUGCUCCAUCAGUCAGCCCUCGGGGUUUCCACGGGAACCGUCACAUACCUUGGCUAACUUCAGGUAUAAAACUGACCGGGAGAAGCUGGGGGCCUCGUGUCUGGGACACGAGGCAGGAGUUUGUAUUCACGAGUCAGUUAUGUUCCUGCUUUCCACUAUUGUGCAAGUUCCACUGACCAAUCACGUUUGACCUUUGGUCCACAUGGUGGAAAAACAUCUGGAAAGCAGCGCUGUCAUGUGAAAAUAAUUCAUCUUUGUUUUUAAAUGUGUUCAAACUGAUGAACAGGAGGUGCUGGCCUGAUGAUUCCAGACUGCUGGUGUGUUGCUGUUGGCGUGGAUCUCUGUUUUAGAGCGAGUCUCUGUGUGUGUGAGCGAUGCUGAGAGGGCGGCACCGCCAUGCGCCCACUGCCGUCACGUUUAAUAGAGAGUGUCUGUUUAAAAGCUGCAGGGCGAUCAGAGAAACUGAAAGGUCACAGGUUUGAUUGCCGACUACUGUCGUGUUUAUGGAGACAUGUUACCUGCUUUUAUUUCACUUCGGAGACCAAAGGGUUGGCGGGAAUCAUCAUCUUGUCUUUUUUUUAUUAAACAUGGUUUAAUCUGAGGCUGCUGAGAAUAAACGGCGUGUGUGUGUUAAACUGUGGACCACGCCGGGAACAGAAGCACGAUCCAGUGAUGUGACCGCUGACGUGUGAGAAGACGGCACGGCGUGCCGGCUGGGAGAGCUAAGAGUCCGCAGUGUUCCGAUUUUCCCCGAGCUGCAGUUCAAACGCUCGCUCCGAGCUUCAGGUCGAGGAGCUUUAACGCGCUCGUUGAAGCUUAAAGAAUAAAAGCACAUUCAAUUGGUGGAGUGAAAUUUGCAGAACCUUUGACAGUCUGACAUCAUUUCCUGUUUUCCCUGAACGCUCGCUCACGCUGCGGUUUCUCCUGAGCAGCCAAUCAGAAGCUUCAGUGUUGAUAUUUCAGAGUGAAACAAACCGAUUUGAUUGGCAGUGGAAGUGACCUUUGACCUCCAUGUACAGAUUUCUGCUGUUGUCUUAUUGUCUGUGUUAAUCGUCUACCUGCCAGGUGUGCUCACAGCUCCACCCACAGAACGCGCGGUCCAAUCACAUUCAGAGUAGUCUGUUGAAUCCAAACGCAGCGUCGGCUGAAUGUAAGACAGCAGGUUAAAUCAAUGAUGUCAUUGGCGUUUCCAUGGAAACGCUGUAUAAAACCGGAAACCGGCUGUAUAAAAACUGUUCUCCACCCCGUGCGCCCUGUUCUCCACCCCGUGCGUCCUGUUCUCCCCCCCUUGCGUCCUGUUCUCCCCCCCUGCGCCCUGUUCUCUCCCCCGCCCCUGUUCUCCCCCCCUGCGUCCUGUUCUCCCCCCCUGCGCCCUGUUCUCCCCCCCUGCGCCCUGUUCUCCCCCCCUGCGCCCUGUUCUCCACCCCUGCGCCCUGUUCUCCCCCCCGUGCGCCCUGUUCUCCACCCGUGCGAGCUCUGCUCUUGUUUCCUCUGCUCAGGUCAAAGUGUGAAGUUUCACAUGUAUCAGAAAUAAAAUCUUUUCUUUGAUAUUGUGUUGACGUCAUGUUUUAUGUUUUCUUCCCUGAAACCAGCCGACACUCGUGCGUUUUCAUCAUCAUGCGUGUUGCCGUAGAAACGGUCUGUAUGGUAACUCCUGAAUAAAAAGUGUGGUGAAGCUUCA